GGGUUCAAUUCAACAGAAGUGCCACAACAUAACCACUCUUUUCAUUCUUCACUUCCUUUCCAGACACAAACCCCAUUCAUCUUUCUGAAACAAAGACAUAAUCUUUGGUUAUGGUGAUGGGUGGUUGUUGAGGAAGUGGGCUUUGGGUUUUUUCUGGUUUUAGUAAGAUGGGGAAUUGUUGGUGCAGCUGGUGGGGGGAGCCUUCAGUUCACAGAGUCUCAUCCAAUGCAAAGUCAGAAUCUCCAAAGGACCAGAGCCCUUCACUGAAUCCUAGAGAGGACGAUAGAAACUUACCAUCAAAUCCUGAAGAAGUUGAGAUCCUACGUCGUGAUUCAGCUGCAAAUCCAUUGAUCGCAUUCACAUUCAAUGAGCUAAAGAUAAUCACUGCAAAUUUUAGGCAAGAUCGUUUGUUGGGUGGAGGAGGAUUUGGAAGUGUAUAUAAAGGUUUCAUAACGGAGGAUUUAAGAGAGGGGCUCUCUCACCUUCCAGUAGCCGUCAAGGUUCAUGACGGUGAUAACAGUUAUCAAGGACACAGGGAAUGGCUGGCGGAAGUCAUAUUUUUGGGGCAGCUUUCCCAUCCAAAUUUGGUAAAACUCAUUGGAUAUUGCUGUGAGGACAAGCAACGGGUGCUGAUAUAUGAGUAUAUGGCUCGGGGUAGCGUGGAAAACAAUCUAUUUUCAAGAGUGCUGCUUCCUUUGCCUUGGUCCAUAAGGAUGAAGAUUGCGUUUGGUGCAGCUAAGGGGCUUGCCUUUCUCCAUGAUGCAGAGAAACCCGUUAUCUAUCGUGAUUUUAAGACAUCUAAUAUUCUGUUGGAUCUGGACUACAAUGCAAAGCUUUCUGACUUUGGCCUUGCAAAAGAUGGACCAGUAGGGGACAAAUCUCAUGUUUCUACACGCAUAAUGGGGACAUAUGGAUAUGCUGCACCUGAGUAUAUCUUGACUGGCCAUCUUACUCCUAGAAGUGAUGUCUACAGCUUUGGUGUUGUUCUUCUUGAACUUUUGACUGGAAGAAAAUGUUUAGACAAGUCACGGCCAGCCAGAGAGCAAAACCUUACUGAUUGGGCUCUCCCCAUGCUCAAAGAGAAGAAGAAGUUGCUCAACAUCAUUGAUCCCAGACUAGAAGGAGAAUAUCCCAUUAAAGGAGUGCACAAGGCUGCCAUGCUCGUCUACCAUUGCUUGAACCGGAACCCAAAAGCCAGGCCUCUAAUGCGCGAUAUUGUAGAUUCUUUGGAGCCUCUGCAGGUCAGUGAUGAAGUUUCUGCUGAAAAAACUAUAACAGAGAUUAUUCAGUUCCCGGAUGGUGAAAUUAGAAGAAAAGAAGAGUUGCUGUAAGCCUGUAACUGACUUGAGCUGUCCGUUUAUCUAGAUGGAGGUUUUUGCUUUGGCUAGCUGGUUUUCUGUGUAUCAAGUAUACGGCUUCCUUCAUUUCUUUUUGGUCCUUGUUAAAAACACAUGGUUUUGGGAUGAUAACUUGCAAUCUAAUUAUUGUAACUUGGGGUAAAUAUCAAUCUAAAAGCAGAUGUUCUUUUGUAAAUGAUAUAUUUAGAAGCCACUGACUGAUGGCCUUGUCUUCCUUAGAUUGUUGUGGAGUUUAUCCAAUAUGAGUUGGAAAUUGUGAUCUUAUUAUAUGUCAAUAC